AAAAAAAAAGAAAAAUGCAACCUCCCAAAAUAAAGAGCAAAGAUUGCCUUAGGAGCGGACAGCGCUGCAGAAAUAGAUGGCAGCUUCGUUUGACUGAAACAAAACAAAACAAAAGGGCCACUGGAUGUCUGCCUUCUUGGGGGGUGAGCCAGACAGACUGACAAACCGACAGACCCAACUGUGUUCGGGGGAGGGUUUCUCCGCCCGUCCUGCCCGGCAGCAGCAGCAUGGACGUGUUGGCUAGUUAUAGUAUAUUCCAGGAGCUACAACUUGUCCACGACACCGGCUACUUCUCAGCUUUGCCAUCCCUGGAGGAGACCUGGCAGCAGACAUGCCUUGAAUUGGAACGCUACCUACAGACAGAGCCCAGGAGGAUCUCGGAGACCUUUGGUGAGGACUUGGACUGUUUCCUCCAUGCUUCUCCUCCCCCGUGCAUUGAGGAAAGCUUCCGGCGCUUAGACCCCCUGCUGCUCCCUGUGGAAGCCGCCAUCUGUGAGAAGAGCUCAGCAGUGGACAUUCUGCUCUCUCGGGACAAGUUGCUAUCUGAGACCUGUCUCAGCCUCCAGCCAACCAGCUCUUCUCUAGACAGCUACACAGCCGUCAACCAGGCCCAGCUCAACGCAGUGACCUCAUUAACGCCCCCAUCGUCCCCUGAGCUCAGCCGCCAUCUGGUCAAAACCUCUCAAACUCUGUCAGCCGUGGAUGGCACGGUGACGUUGAAACUGGUAGCCAAGAAGGCUGCCCUCAGCUCAGUAAAGGUGGGCGGGGUGGCGACAGCGGCGGCAGCUGUGGCAGUAGCUGGGGCAGUUAAGAGUGGACAGAGCGACAGCGAACAAGGAGGGGUGGGGGCUGAAGCAUGCCCCGAAAACAAGAAGAGGGUGCACCGCUGUCAAUUUAACGGGUGCCGGAAAGUUUACACAAAAAGCUCCCACUUAAAGGCCCACCAGAGGACUCACACAGGUGAGAAGCCUUAUAAGUGUUCAUGGGAAGGAUGCGAGUGGCGUUUUGCACGAAGUGAUGAGCUCACGAGGCACUACAGGAAACACACAGGUGCAAAGCCCUUUAAAUGCAACCACUGCGACAGGUGUUUUUCCAGGUCUGACCAUCUUGCUCUCCAUAUGAAGAGACAUAUCUAAAAAACCGAAAGGCCAGAGUUGCUGUUACGUCAGCCAAUGUCUGAAGGAAAUGCCGAGAGGCAGGGGGCUGGACUUCAGGCGAGGACACAUUGCCUCGCAGAAGAAAGUUCUCACUUCUAAACCUCUGUGUACACACACACACACACAUACACACACGCACACGCACAUACUCACACAGACCCACACACAUACACACUGUCAUGCACUCAACUAUAUUUAAAAUAUAUACGUCUAUUCUUUAUGCCUUGCCCUAGCCAGAUGGUAGAAGACGAAGAAGAAGGAAACCGGGUGAACUCAGCAAGGCAGACUGGCUGCUUGCUUCAGCACUAUUGGAAUUAUUUCCCGCUGUUGCCAAUGGAAAUCAAAGAAAAUGGAUGUGACGUCUCUGCAGGUGGACGGCAGUACGAGGGGCUUAUUUAACUUGCUUCUCAGUGCAACUUGAUAGGAGAAUACCACGUCUUAAAGUUGCAUAUGUGUAGCACUAAUGUUUCUUUUUAAAUAGUUGGGGGAAAAUGACCUAGAAAACCAAAUUGCAGUUUGGUAGCCAAAAUUAACUCUUGGUUUAUUUGUCCUUUGUGUGUGAAAAGUCCUACUAUUCCGUGCGUCAGACUUCCUCACAGAACUGUUGAUUGGUUUUGGUUCUUCUUAGUACUAUUGAGAUCUUUCGAGUCGAUACCAACGGCCUUAGCGGCGGCAGACUCUGGAAUAACACCUUACACCUUUCUGGCCUGCAUUUCUCUAGACUUCACUCUCAAGGGAGGAGUUUUCUUUUCUUCCUUUUUUGACUCUUGCACACCAUAUGCACUAGGGAUUCUGGAAACUUCUAGCAUGACUGCAAAGUGGCCAAGAGAAUAAAGUCCUUGAUGAUAAAUCACAGUAUAUCCCUUGAGCCUCACCUUAUUGCCAGUGCUAGAUUUUUUCUUUUUAAUCUCUCUGUUUUUGCUAAUGAAAACUUGAAAAGCUUGUUUGGAAGCUAACAUGUUUUAUCUUUUCUCCAUGGACUAAACCUCUCCAGGACUCUCUCGGCACCUGGAUGUCCAGCUCUCGAAGCAGCCAGUCAGAUGGGACAUCACAGUUCUCUCAUCCUCCUUGAGGCAUGAUGACCUCAGCUUCUAGUGAUCAACCACUGUGCUGUGUGUCAUUGCUACCCUAUAACCAGUUACAGCAUAGAUGUCGCUAGUCUCAAAGGGCAGCUGCAUAUUUAAUCUAACUCUGGGUUAUGACCUGACACAAAGCCAAAAAUAUCACUCUUUCCAGGAGUGGGGAAAACUGAGGAUGCCUCCCAGGUCUAGUGGCUUCACAAAACAUCAUCCUCUCUUCCUCUCUCAUACCCACUGAGCUCACAUUGCCCCACUUGUUAAAAUACACAAUUCAAAAUGCCGUUGUGGGAAUGAGGGGUUGAUAUGGAAGGAAAGGGUUGAAAGGUUUCUCAUGGUCUGUCUAAAAGGAGAGACACAUUUCUAAGUUUGUCUUUGGCUAGGCCCACCAUGAUGUGUGACCUAGAACAUCCAGGAUCAACAGAGGCCUCACAUUUACUCUGCAAGCUGACUGCAAGGGGCUCACACUCCUUAUGUUUCAUCCCAUACUCAUACACCCGGUAUUGGUCUCUAUCUACCCGCAUUUGUAGCUAGCUGGCACUGGCUUCAACUCCAAAGACUGCCUUUAGGACCGUUAAAUGGCCUGUGCCAGCAAGUGGGGUGGUGAUUAGGACAGAUUGUAUAUUUUGUAUAUUUGGGGACCAUCCCUUCAAGACACGUCUAACAAAAAUGGCAUUUGGUCCACACGCGGUUGCUGCUCCUUUAUACCAGCUGGCUCCCCUCUGCCCUCUGACUUUUUGACUCAUUGACUGUUAAAAUGCCACCCCAUACAUAUUUGGGAUGCAAAACUGAAGUCUUUAAAAGGAAAUAAUAAUAUGAGGAACACAAACACAUAUAUGACAGCAACCUUCAAGAUCCUUGGCAUUUGGGUUUCCGCUUUCUGCAAACUUUGUUUUCACUGAAAUGUUGAAACUACUCGUCUGAGGGCAAAGAAACAUUAUCACAAAUGCUGUAGCUGCCAAUUGGACACUUGGGGCAUUUCGAGGUCUGGCCCUUAGAAUUUUCUUUCUCUUUUUUCAAUUUAGACCAAAACCAAAAAAAACAAAAACAAAAAAACAAAAAACAAAAAGGAAAACAAAAAAACAACAACAAAAAAGAAGAAACACCCUAAACACACACACACGUACGCACACACAUACACAAAAUCUGUCCAUUUGCCGGAGGCAAUUAUGUAUAUGUUAGUUGGAGGGUUUUUAAAAAAUCAGUUUUAUUCCAAAGAUUUAAAACUAGACAUGACUUACAUGACUUAGAAACAAUUUCUGGAGCACUGCUAGCUGACAAUCUUGUAGUUCUCUACUGCAUUUGAGUGCAUUUUGUGGCCAGUCCAUUGGGGCGCACCAUGGGAUUAUAUUUGAAUGUGUGGUGCAUCCUUUCUGGAUGAAGGGUGUGUGAGGGACCUUGAACCUCAGCUGUAUUAAACUGUAGCGCCUCCAGUCAGUGCACUAGAUGAAACUUUAGACACCCCAAAUUUUGUUGGUUCGUUUAUUUUCCUUUCUCUAGCAGCCUCCAGCAUGAACGCACGCACACGCCAGCGAUGGCAUUAAGCCAUGGCUGCCACGAUUUACAAAUGUUCUCUCCCCAGCUGGAGCUGCUCUUGCCUCUCGAAAUGCUAUUAUUAAGGGUUUAUAAUACUUAAUUUAAUUUUCGAACUGACCAAUGCAAGGCUCUAUUAAAAAGAAAAUUUUUUUUAAAAAAAAGAAUACAAAAGAGUAAUCAUUGCUUGUUUGCUCCCUAUUUUCAUCUGUGGUCUCAUUUGAAUGUGGCAGAACAAAGGCCCUAUGGUCCUCACCAGUGUCUGAACUGUUCAGUAAUUUCUCUCUCUCGUAUCAGUGAGGUCCUUUGUAAUCUGCUCCUGACCUUUCUCAGAGUGGGGUGCACGGAAACGCGAUGGUGGCACUUGCUUGUUUCAAGUCCUUUGUUGACUAUGAGAAUCGGCCUGAGAAUUUGGUGGGUGCCAAGCGUAUGGCUUUGAAACUGUUCUCCUCUAGCCCAGAUUGACACCUGUGAAUGAUAAUCAGUCCUAACCAUGCAGGUGGGGGUAGCCCCAAUUAUUUUGGAAAGGGAUUUGUGAUAAAAUGUCCCUCAUCUCUGAAAUGGCAGAGAUGGUGGCUG